UAAUUCUUUCUUUUUGUUCUUUUCUCCUCUGACCUCCCGCCUCUCUUUUUAUUCCUCUCUCUUUCUGUUUUUCCUGUUGUUCUCUCGUCCAAACACUCCUUAUCGCUACCUGUGUGACUCUCUGACGUGGUCACCACGGUCGGCUUCUAACCCAACAGACAUUGAAGCUUCAUCUCGACACACCAAGGGUCAUAAGACCCUCGGUCAUCAUGAAUCUCCGUGAUGUUGGCCUCUCUGGCCUUCAUCAGAUGGCCCGCCGUGCGGAAGAGGAUCCCAAGGAUACCUCGAACUCCGGCUUCGGCCUCGUCACCACCAUUGUCCCGACCUUGGCGGUCGCCCUGAUCAUGGUCGUGCUCUUUAUCAUCCUGCGCCGCAGUGAGCGCCGCAUGUACAUGCCCCGAACCUACCUCGGUGUCUUGCGACCCGAGGAGCGCACCCCCCCGUCCUCGACCGGGGUCAUCAAUUGGCUGCGGGAUAUGUACAAGAUCCCUGAUGAAUAUGUCCUGCAGCACCAUUCCAUGGACGCCUAUCUUAUGCUGCGCUUUCUGAAGCUCAUCUCGAUGAUCUGCUUUGUCGGCACCUGUCUCACCUUCCCCGUGCUGCUGCCGGUGAACGGCACGGGCGGCGCUGGCAAGAAGCAGCUGGAUAUGCUCAGCAUGUCCAACAUCAAGAAAGAGGGCUAUGGGCGCUAUUUCGCCCAUGCUUUCAUCGCCUGGAUUUUCGUCGGUUUCAUCUUCUACACCAUUACCCGCGAGAACAUCUUCUACAUCAACCUGCGCCAGGCCUACUCCCUGUCGCCGGCGUAUGCCAGCCGGCUGUCGUCCCGCACGGUGCUCUUCACUGCAGUCACCGAGGACUACCUGGACUGCGACCGGAUCCGCAGGAUGUUCGGCGUCGAGAAGGUCAAGAAUGUCUGGCUGACCACCGACACGGAGAAACUGCAAGAAAAGGUCAAGGAACGCGACGACGCCGCCAUGAAGCUCGAGGCGGCCGAGACCAAGCUCAUCGUCAUGGCGAAUGCCGCUCGCCGCAAGGCCCUGAAGAAACAAGGCCACGUCGACGACGGUCCCAUCGCCCUGGAGAACAUGGGCGGAGAGCCUGAUGAUGAGUCCGGCUCCGUCGCCAGCCGUUGGGUGAAAGCCUCCGACCGACCGACCCACCGCCUCAAGAUGAUCAUCGGCAAGAAGGUUGAUACCAUCAAUUGGGCGCGAUCGGAGAUCGAGCGCCUCAGCCCUGAGAUUGAAGAACUCCAGGCCAAGCACCGAGCCGGCGAAGCGAAGCUCGUCUCGUCCGUGUUCGUGGAAUUCUACUACCAGGCUGACGCCCAGGCCGCUUAUCAAUCUGUCGCGCACAACCUGCCCCUGCAUAUGGCCCCGAGGUACAUCGGCCUGGACCCCACCCAGGUGAUCUGGCAGAACCUGCGCAUCAAAUGGUGGGAGCGCAUAAUGCGCUACACGCUGAGUGUUGCUUUCGUUUUUGCUCUCGUUAUCUUCUGGGCGAUCCCCACCGCCUUUGUCGGUGCCAUCUCCAAUCUCAACGCCUUGACCAACAUGCUGCCGUGGCUCAACUUUAUCUACAAUGCGCCCAGCUGGCUGCGCAGUGUCAUCAACUCGCUGCUGCCUUCGGUCUUGAUGUCGGUCCUGAUGGCCUUGCUGCCGAUCAUCCUCCGUCUGAUGGCCAAGAUCGGCGGUGCGCCCAGUCUCGCGGAGGUGGAAUUGACCACCCAGAACUUCUACUUCGCUUUCCAGGUCGUUCAGGUUUUCCUCGUCGUGACCGUUGCGUCGUCGGCGUCCAGUGUGGCUACCAAGAUCAUCGAAGACCCGACGAGCGCGGCCAGUCUCCUCGCCAACAACAUCCCCACCGCCUCUAACUUCUACAUCUCGUACAUCAUCUUGCAGGGCCUGUCCUUCAGCUCCGGUGCUCUCUUGCAGAUCGGCGGACUGAUCGUCGGCAAGAUCCUGGGCAUGUUCUUGGACAAUACCCCGCGCAAGAUCUACACCCGCUGGUCGACCCUCGCUGGUCUGGGCUGGGGCACGGUGUAUCCCGUUUUCACUCUGUUGGCUGUUGUUGCGAUUACCUACUCGUGCAUUGCCCCGCUGGUAAUUGCCUUCGGCGCCAUCGGCCUCUACCUUUUCUACUUCGCCUACCGGUAUAACAUGCUCUACGUGUCCAACGCCGACAUCGACACCCAGGGCAAGGCGUACGUGCGUGCGUUGCAGCACAUCACCGUCGGCUGCUACCUGCUGAUGGGCUGUCUGAUCGGUCUCUUCGCGAUCGGCGCAGCCGGGAACUCCGUCGCCGUGGGGCCCCUGAUCCUCAUGAUCAUCUUCCUGGUGUUCAUCAUCCUCUACCACGUCUCGCUCAACAACGCGAUGGACCCCCUGAUCAACUACCUUCCCAAGAACCUCGAAGCCGAGGAAGAAGCGCUCCUGGCCAGUGAAAAGGCCGACAUGCACCAGUCGCCGGACCCCCAGCCUGAGGGUUCUGUCGCUGGCGGAUCGGGCGAAAAAGGCCGCGUGAGCAACAUCGCUAGCGUUGACUCCGCCGAAAAGGGCCUGACCGGUUCCUCCGACGUUCCUCAAGGCAACUUCCUCGUCCGCUGGCUCCACCCACACCGGUUCAGCGGCUACACCCAGCUGCGCCGUUUGGUGCCCAAUGCGCACGAUACGACUAGCUACGCGCCCGAGGUCGAGCGGAACGCAUACUUCCACCCCGCCAUCUCCGCCCAGCCACCCCUGCUGUGGAUCCCCCGCGACGAGCUCGGCAUCAGCCGACAGGAGAUCCAGCACAGCGGCAAGGUGAUCCCCAUCACGGAUGAGGACUCGUGGCUGGACGAAAAGAACAAGAUCCACUGGGAUAUGGACAAGGGCGUUCCCCCUAUCUACGAAGACAAGAUCCGUUUUUGAUUGUCUGCACGUGGUGGACGUCUAGCCGGUUGCGCUUUGCAGUCGCGGCUACAGGAUGGAUGAGGUCUAUGUUACACUUCUUGAUACCCGAUAAACCACUGCACGAUGUGUUGUUAUAUACGCUGGAGGUUAAUGUUUGAAGUAAUGUGCCAGUUAAUGUUGGCGAGUGGUUGUUUAGAGUAUAUUAUGGAUGGUUUGCAUCAAUCGAGCAA